AUGGCGGAACCCGAGAAUUUCGAUGAAGAUCUUUUUGCCGAUCUCUAUGAUGACAACGAUGCCGCUGCGCCAGCGACCGCGCCUGCUGCGCCAGCUGCACCGGCGCAAUCCCAGCCGUCAGAAGCAAUCACGCACCCCGAAUACGAGCAAGCAUCCGAGGAUGUAGCUCAGAGCACUGAAGAGAAUGGAUACGGCAACGACUACCAUGAGGACAACUACGAUGACGACGACGACGUAGACUUCAACCUAGGAAAUGGAACCACUAGCAUGACCGCAGCGCCCGUGAAGCAAGAGGAGGCGCAUACUCCCACCUACCAUCAUACAACCAGAGGCCCCAGUGCUAAGGAGGAUGGGUAA